AUGAUGCGUCCGGAUAGACGGAGUUUGCUGGAGAGAAACAUUCUAGAGUUCUCUUCUAAACUACAGGCCGACUUGAUUCUCGAUGUUCUCAUUGCCAAACAAGUUCUCAACUCUGAUAACGGUGAUGUAAUAAAUUCGUGUCGAACCGAACGCGAUAAGCGAAAAGAAAUCGUCAAAGCUGUUCAAAGACGUGGAGAUGUUGCGUUCGACGCAUUUUAUGACGCUCUACGCGAUACAGGACACAACGAUCUUGCCGAUGUCCUCAUGCCUCUUUCUAGACCGAUUAACUGUGCUGUUAAUCCGGUCCCGAUGGAAUGCCCGAUGUCUCCUUCAAGUCAUCGUCGUAGCCGAGCACUCAGUCCACCUAGAUAUGCAUCACCUACCCGUGUUCACCGGGAUAGCAUCUCGUCGGUUUCAUCGUUUACAUCUACCUAUCAGGAUGUAUAUUCCCGAGCACGGUCAAGUUCGCGGUCGUCUCGCCCUCUUCAAUCAUCUGAUCGUCAUAAUUAUAUGUCAGCAGCUACUUCCUUCCCCAGUCAACCCUCAUCUGCGAAUUCUUCUUUCACCGGAUGCGCUUCACUCGGCUAUAGUUCUAGUCGGAAUCGUUCGUUCAGCAAGACGUCGGCUCAGUCACAAUACAUUUUCCACGAAGAAGACAUGAAUUACGUCGAUGCGCCCACCAUACACCGCGUUUUUGACGAAAAGACGAUGUAUCGCAACUUUUCGAGCCCCCGUGGAUUAUGCCUCAUAAUAAACAACGAACAUUUCGAGCAGAUGCCAACUAGAAACGGCACGAAAGCCGAUAAGGACAACAUAACGAAUUUGUUCAGAUGCAUGGGAUAUACCGUCAUAUGCAAAGACAAUCUGACCGGCAGAGAAAUGUUGAGCACUAUUCGAAGCUUCGGAAGAAACGAUAUGCAUGGAGAUUCUGCAAUACUCGUCAUUUUGUCGCACGGAGAAGAGAACGUUAUUAUCGGAGUUGAUGAUGUUUCUGUAAACGUUCACGAAAUUUACGAUCUCCUGAAUGCUGCCAAUGCUCCUCGUUUGGCCAAUAAGCCGAAACUGGUGUUUGUUCAAGCAUGUCGAGGCGAGCGUCGUGACAAUGGCUUCCCGGUUCUUGAUUCAGUUGAUGGAGUACCUAGUCUGAUCCGUCGCGGAUGGGAUAAUCGAGACGGACCAUUGUUCAAUUUUCUUGGAUGUGUCCGGCCCCAAGUGCAGCAAGUAUGGCGGAAAAAGCCGAGCCAAGCAGACAUGUUGAUUGCUUAUGCAACAACGGCUCAAUAUGUGUCAUGGAGAAACAGUGCUCGUGGUUCGUGGUUCAUUCAAGCUGUUUGUGAAGUAUUCUCACUUCACGCUAAAGAUAUGGACGUCGUUGAAUUGCUCACUGAGGUUAACAAGAAAGUUGCCUGUGGAUUCCAGACAUCUCAAGGAUCAAACAUAUUGAAGCAGAUGCCAGAGCUAACUUCAAGACUCCUGAAAAAGUUCUACUUCUGGCCGGAAGAUCGAAGCCGGAACAGUGCAGUCUAG